CCUGGACUCCACAGCUGUUCCCGGGGUCCUAACGAGGCACCUGCAGCUAAUUGCCCCCGGGAUAAGGGGGUGCCUGGGGGGCUCUCCCCUCCUUUUUGCAGCAGUGUGGUGCUGGUGCUGGAUGCUGCAGCAGGAGCAGGCAGGAAGAGCCCGGCCAUGGAGCUCCUGCCCCGCCGCCCUGCCUGGCCGCUGACCUGCCUGGUGCUGCUCAGCCUGCGCCCCUGGCCAGGUGCCGAUGCCCAGGCAGGCUUUCAGCUGCACCAGCCCCAGAAGGAGGUGUCGGUGAGAGUGGGGGAGACGCUGACCCUGAUCUGCACCGUGACUGAAGGGGGUCUCACCGCCGUGAAGUGGCUGAAGGGCUGGGGCAGUGGCAAUGAGACCAUUUAUGACCAAAAGUCCCCUCAUCCCGGGGGACAAUAGGCAGUGGAUGAGUCCAACACAAACUUCACCAUCCUCAUCAGGGAUGUCCGCCCCGAGGACGCCGGCACCUAUUACUGUGUGAAGUUUCGCAAAGGACCCACCGGUGAUGAGUUGUAUCGGCGAGGCAAUGGCACGGUGGUGUCGGUGCAGGCCAGACCCUCCAACCCCACUGUGUCCGGGCCCAGUGACCGAGUGGAGCCGGGGAAUACGGUAUCCUUCAUCUGCAAGUCUGGGGGGUUCUUCCCCAGUGACAUCGAUGUGAAUUGGUUCAAAGACAAGACCCCGAUUCAGCCUCAGCUGCGUAAUGUCACCCCUGGGCCAUCGAACUUCACCUACAACAUGUCCAGCACCGUGACGGUGACGCUGCAGAAGGACGACAUCCACUCAGAGCUCACCUGCCAGGUGCUGCACACCACGCUGACGGCCCCGCUGACGAGGAGUUACCAUCUGAGCCAGAUCCUGCGAGUUCCCCCCAAAGUGGUCAUGGAGCCUCCAGGCCCCAUGGGGCUGAACGAGACGGUGAGCUUCACCUGCGACGUGCAGGGCUUCUACCCGGGAAGCGUGACCGUCACCUGGCUGGAGAAUGGGAAGGAGAUGAACACGGAGAGCACUCCUCAGCCGACGGAGACCUCCAAGGGCUUGUUCGAUCUGAGGAGCACGGUGUCAGUGCAAGCCGUGCUGGAGAAGAACGGCUCCGUGUUUGCCUGCCGGGUGGUGCAUGAGGGCCAGGACCCCCUCAGCAGGAAUGCCACGCUGUUGGUCGCCGCCUCAGGCCAGAAGGAAUCCAACUCCCCCUACACAAACGGCAAUUCACUCUUUAUCUACGUUGCGGUGGGAGUGGUCUGCACCGUGCUGGCACUGCUGGUGAUUGCAAUUCUCUACCUCAUCCGGGUGAAGCAGAGCAAGGGUAAAAGCUCGCCAUCUGCUAGGUUACAUGAGCCGGAGAAGAGCAGCGGGACAACCACCCAGGACUCUGACCCCAACAACAUGACCUACGCUGACCUGAACUUCACCAAAGAGAAGAAGAACGUCCAGCGGGUCAUCGAGGUGAGCCAGCAGUCGGAGUACGCCUGCAUCCAGGGCAGCCAGGCGCCCGCCAGCAAUGACAACCUCACCUAUGCAGACCUGGACAUGGUGCACCUCAGCAAGGCGCCCCGGCGGCCUGCCCCGUGCCCCGAGGAGACCACCUCCGAGUACGCCAGCGUCCAGAUCCAGCGGCAGUGAGCGGGGCUGCACCGGCUGGGGCUCACGGGGUCCAGGUCCUCCCCAGGGGGGGGCUUUUUUGGCAGCACCGACUGCUACGGUACCUGCGGUUUGGGAUGGAAGCACAGCCUUUGGCACCGUGGCUGACUUCUGUCCGCAGAGACUUGGUUUUUGGGGCAGCGUUGGGGACUCCUUGCCUGUGGGACUCCCCCUUGGCCGAGAGGGCCCCUGAGCUGUGGUGCGUUGGGUUUGCUUGCAAAACCCAAGGAUUCAUCGCUGGAAAGUGCUGCAGCUCGUCAGGAAACCCUGACCAGGCUUAGGGGGGGGACCAGGACAGUGCCUCCGAGCCAGAUGCUGUGGGGAUGCUGCUGCCGCGGCUUCCCGCAGCUGGGGGGGCCCCCGCUCUGCCUUUGGGGGCUCUACUGCCUGGAAAAACUCUGGCUUUAAAGGAAGGACGUGAGCGUCCGCCUCUCUCUUCCCAAGUGUCUCUUUUGCGGGCUCUCACGCUGCGGCCCCCGAGGCUGGGGAGGUGUGCGGGGUGUGUGAGGCGAGCCGGGGCUGUGCUGGCUUUCCCAUAUCGUGCUGCCCGGGGCACUGCAGCUCCUCAGCACCAAGCAUCCUCCUCCUCCUCCUCCUCUUCCUCGGCCUUGCCCUGCUCCAGGACCGAGCCGUGCUCCCUCCGCAGCCACGCAGCCCCAGCCGGGCCUGGAGGCCGCAGCGAGGCCCCGCUCCCCCCCCUUGGUUACAGCUCUCCCCCCCCCCAGGCACUGUUUAACAUGUUUUGACUGUUCGACAUGUAACUCUUAAUUUUUCGAGCUUCAAACCCAAUGUUUCUUGUGUCGUACGUGGGUGUACUGCCGUGUUAUGUAGCACUAGAAUAAGAUGUGCAAAAAUUAAGGACGAGGCCUACGUAAAAAAAACAAACCCUAAACCCUGUAGAGCUUCAGCGUCUCACAUGCCCCAUUCCACACCCCCCCCCAGGCUUGGCUGGGGGGCCAGGCCAGCUCCCUGCAGCCAGGGGCAGGGGGGGGACACGUAUUUUUGUGUCCCCCCCACCCCAUGGACAUGGUGUGGGGACACCCCCCCCAUGGUGCCCGCGUGAGGCAUUGGGGAGCCUCGCCGCUGCUUCGGGAUCUGUGUGACCGCUUGUACUGACCAUGACUUGUUUCUCUUUUUCUUUUUGCUUGCGAGAUAUUUUUAUAAUAAAAGUGAAAAGUCCUGCGCCGGC